AUAGCACAUAGUAAGCAUAUAAGUUAUAUUAGUUCCACUGUCUCCUUCUGCCUGCCCCAUCCAAGCUUUCCUGUAGGUACAAGGCAAGAUUGGAGUGCCCACCGAGGACAGGUAGGCAUUUGCCUACUUGCCUACAGGGGAAUGUGAACUUCUGACAUGUUUCCAGGAGAUAAAAAAAAGGGUCAUGUGGAAUCAAAUACCUGGAAAUUCUGCCUGGUGACCUGACAUCAUGGGUGUUUCCCUAACCUGGCUCAUAAAGUAAGCCACAGUCUCCAUUGGUGAGAGUGGUUGAAAAAGAACUCUUCCCUGCAUCCUUUUUUCUUCAUAAGUCUAAGAAAUACUCUGAUUCAAUGCUGAAUGUAAGUUAAAGUUAUGGAAUGGGGAAGUUCUCAGAAAGAACAUGGUUAGGUGGGUUUUAGUUAGAAUGUCUGGGUUCUUGACCCUCCCCCCCAGCUUUACCACCAACUAGCUGUCUGACCCCAAGGAGGUCUUGUCACAUGUUAAAAGUUCUCUUUCAUAUUCUGUAAAGAGAGGGAGUUCAGCCAUAUCCUCUCCAAAGCCCAUUAAAAUUCAAAGAGUCUUCUCUGGUGUUAUGUCAUGAGGGAUACUGCAGUGGUCCCGUAAGAAUGUGUAAAAGCACCUGUAACCCCAGUCCAGCCUGCACACUGUAGCACAGUGAGCUUCCUCAUAAAUAAAUCUGAUUACGUCCUCUUUAAGAAUCUCUGCUGACUCCCUUUUGUCUAAGCCUUACUGCUUAUCCACAGACUAUUUGCUCUACAUCCCAUGGGAACUUGCUAGGAAUGCAGGAUCUCAGGCCCUACUACAUACCAACUGAAUCAGGACAGGCAUUUUAACUAUCCCUGGAUGAUUCUUUAGCACAUUAAAGUCCAAGAUGAACUGAUCUAAGUUCAAGCUCAGACUCUCUUGGAUACCUCUCCUGCUACAUUUCUGGUCCCCCAAACACCUCAUAGUUGUUUCCCUCAGUGCCUUUACUCAUUCUGUUUCCUCUGCCUUUUUCUACCACCAUCCUCCCCUCCCUUUACUCCACGUGAGCACUUCUACUCAUCCAUCAAAACCAUCCUCUGGUGCUUCUUCCCCAUUUUCCGUAAAAAGAAUGAUAGAGUCCUUCCCCCUGGAUUCCAUGUCAGCCUAUGUACAUCUUUACACAUUACAUCAGCCUGUGCAUGCCUUUUACGGUACUCAUUACCUGUCUCUCCCUCCAGGCUUACAGCUGCUUCACCUUAUUCCAUGGAUAUUUAUUGAGUACCAGGCAAUCCGCAAAGACUGAGCGUGUUUUUUAUUCAUCAUUCUGUCUUCAGCCUGUAGCACAGUGAAUGAGAAAUCAACUUUUCAGUCAUUGGUCAGUACGUGGACUAUCUUGUGGAAGAACAGGGAGUGAAGAAUAUUUUUGGCUUGAUCAGGUAGUAAUUCACGUAGGAGCACUGAGCUUGAAGGAGUCACAAGAACUGGCCCGACAUGCAGCAGAAAUAGGAGCCGAUGGCAUCGCUGUCAUUGCGCCUUUCUUUCUCAAGCCAUGGGACAAAGAUGUCUUGAUUAAUUUCCUAAAGGAGGUGGCUGCUGCGGCCCCAGCAUUGCCAUUUUAUUACUAUCACAUUCCUGCCUUGACAGGGGUAAAGAUUCGUGCUGAGGAAUUGCUGGACGGGAUUCAGGAGAAGAUCCCCACCUUCCAAGGGCUGAAGUUCAGUGACACAGAUCUCUUAGACUUUGGGCAAUGUGUUGAUCAGAACCGCGAGCGGCAGUUUGCUUUCCUUUUUGGGGUGGAUGAGCAACUACUGAGUGCCCUGGUGAUGGGAGCAACGGGAGCGGUGGGCAGUACCUAUAACUACCUGGGAAAAAAGACAAACCAGAUGUUGGAGGCUUUUGAACGAAAGGACUUCUCUUCAGCCCUGAACCAUCAGUUUUGCAUUCAGAGAUUUAUCAACUUUGUGCUCAAACUUGGUUUUGGAGUGUCGCAGACGAAAGCCAUCAUGACUCUGGUUUCUGGGAUUCCAAUGGGCCCACCCCGGCCUCCGCUGCAGAGAGCUUCCAGAGAGUUUAUUGAUGAAGCCAAAGCUAGGCUGGAGAGCCUGGAUUUCCUUUCUUCCACUUAUUUAAAGGAUAGAAACUUGGAAUCCUGUAGCUAAGGCCUUUCUAUCAAAUCAGAGUGUGUACCUUGAAUACUGCAUUCAUUUCUCAAGGGCUUUUUAAAUGAACUUGAACUAAACACUUUUCUAACAAAUGAAAUCUCACCUCAAUUGACAAGUAUUUAAGUACAUUCUGUGAUCCUAAAAUGUUUAAUUUUUGUGAAGGGGCAAAAACCCUAAAUGGGGUCAUGAACCCUAAAUCAUUCAAUAUUUCACAACAUUUUUGUGGAGAAAUUUCUGCUUAUAUGGAUGAAACGGAAUCAAGAGGAAAAUUAUAAGUGAUUCAUUCCACUUGCCUUUAGGAGCUCCCAUUAUCUUGAUUUCUGAUUCUUAAUCCUAUUUUAAAAUUUUCUAAUUUUAAACCCCUAUAAUGUACUUUCAUUUUAAUAAAUAUUCAUUUGGAAUCUA